UCUAUAUAGAUUCCAACCUUUGUCUACCAACCCCAUUCCUUUCCAUUCCCAUCGCCCUUUGUCAAGAAGGCAUUAUACUAUUUAUGGUGGAUCUGGUGGCUAUUCUCUCCUUAUAUUGCCCCUAAAGGCCUCACCGUCCUCUCUAUUCUUCCUCUCUGUCUCUCUAAAGGCCUCUGGGAGAUGGGUGGAGCUCUUCCACAGCUCCUGGGCUUCUGCUUCUUGGCAUUUUUACGACUCGCCGGAUUCGUCGCGGUGGACGCUGUUGGAGCUCCUCCGCCAGCUGGGGGCAGCGAGGGGACCGCCGUCGUCGAUGGGACGACUCCCAUUGCGGUCACCGACGAUGACUUCAUUUGUGCUACGCUGGAUUGGUGGCCGCCGGAGAAGUGUGAUUAUGGGACUUGCAGCUGGGGCCUCGCGUCGUUGCUCAAUCUGUGGGUGGGCGGGAGGUACCAUUUGGCAGCAGCAAUGCUCAGUCUGGACCUUUCCAACAAGGUUUUAUUAAAUGCUGUUAAAGAAUUUUCUCCAUUGAAACUCCGCCUCGGGGGCUCAUUGCAAGAUAAGGUCAUAUAUGGCGUGGAUACUCAACAGCCAUGUACUCCUUUUGUUAAGAAUACUUCCGAGAUGUUUGGUUUUACUCAAGGCUGCCUACCCAUGCAGAGAUGGGAUGAACUCAAUGAUUUCUUCAAAAAAGCCGGAGCUGUAAUAAUUUUUGGGCUGAAUGCCCUUAAUGGAAGGGUUCGUUUGCGGGAUGGUUCUUUAGGAGGACCCUGGAACUCCUCCAAUGCUGAGUCUUUUAUCCGCUAUACUGUGAAUAAGGGUUACACUAUCCAUGGUUGGGAGCUUGGAAAUGAAUUAAGUGGAAGCGGAGUUGGAGCUAAAAUUGGAGCAGAUCAAUAUGCUGAAGAUGCGAUCUCCCUUAAAAAAAUUAUUGACAACAUAUACCAAGAUUUUACUGAUAAGCCACUGGUACUAGCACCGGGGGGCUUCUUCGAUGCUAGCUGGUUCAGUGAGUUCAUUGAAAAAACAAAACCUGACUCAUUGGAUGUGAUCACCCACCACAUAUAUAAUCUUGGUGCAGGCGUCGAUGAGCACUUGGUUGAUAGAAUUCUUGAUCCCUCCUACCUUGAUCGCGAAGUGAGCACAUUCAGAAAUCUCCAAGGGAUUCUCCAAAGUGCAAGAACUUCAACCACUGCUUGGGUUGGUGAAGCUGGAGGAGCUUACAAUAGCGGCCACCAUCUUGUCACAGAUUCAUUUGUGUUCAGCUUCUGGUUCUUGGAUCAGCUUGGCAUGUCAUCCACAUACAACACUAAAAGUUAUUGCAGACAAUCCUUGGUUGGUGGAAAUUAUGGCCUACUCAACAGAAUGACGUUCCAACCGAAUCCUGAUUACUACAGUGCUCUUUUGUGGCAUCGACUGAUGGGAAGCAAAGUCCUGUCAGCAAAGUUCACAGGGACAGAGAGUAUACGAGCAUAUGCACAUUGUGCAAGAGAAUCUCAAGGGAUUACAUUGCUACUGAUCAAUCUCAGUGGCAAUACUACUUCUCAAGCUUUUGUUACCACUGCCUCAAACUAUACUAUAGGUUUGAAGCAUCACAUUCCUAGGACAAGGUUCAACCAUAUAACACGACUUCGGAAAACUGCUACAUUUAUGAGGGAAGAAUACCAUUUAACAGCCAAGGAUGGGAACUUACACAGCCAAGUCAUGCUGCUGAAUGGCAACAUCUUGUCUCUAGAUUCAGAAGGGAAUAUCCCUACAUUCGAACCCAUGGAACUUGAUGCGUCACUACCAAUAACAGUGACACCAUUUUCUAUUGUUUUUGUCCACAUUCCCCACUUUGAUGCUCCUGCUUGUAGGUAGCUUCUUGUUACAUCAUGUGCUGAGAGGAUGGACUACCAAGUGGUCCAUUCUUGACAUGCCUCCAUUGCUAUGAGGUUUGUACUACAUUGUUAAACAUCUUUGAUCAAAUAAUAAAUGGAAGGGAAAAAAAAAAAAGAAGGGAGAAUGAUUUGCA